AUGUCCAGCCUAACACCUGAAGAGAUUGCCUACUACCAGGCACAUGCAGACGAUGAUCUUCGACCGAAUCAGAUAGCUGCUGAUGUUGUUGGGAUUGUGCUGACAGUCACAGCGGUGGCGGCGCGAGUCCUGGCGCGAUUCCGCUCGAAAGCUGGCUUUGGCUGGGAUGAUUAUCUUAUUUCAGUUGCCUUGAUGGGCCAGCUCUCGUAUGCCGUCUUGAUGUUCAUGAGUGUCAUUAACGGUGAGGGCCAACAUAUUAUCUUUGUCAAGAACCAGAAGCUCUUCGUACAGGAAUAUGUGGCAGCGAUUAUCUCAUACUCGAUUACUGUCAUGCUCACCAAAAUAUCCAUCCUGUUUCUCUACCACCGCUUCUUCCCAAUGAAAUGGCUUUUGCUGAUCGCCUAUGUUGUGGGUGCAAUUGUCGUCGCCUAUAAUCUGGCCGUGAUAUUUGUCGCUGCCUUCCAGUGUAUCCCUCUUUCAGCACUGUGGACUGGACAGUCCGAGAAAUGCAUCAACACGGCUCCGCCUUUCACAGCUCUCGCUAUUGUCAAUGUAGUAACUGACAUCGCCAUUUUGGCAAUCCCCGUCACGCCUGUCCUAGGGCUGCACAUGAACACAAGUCGCAAGGUACAGGUACUGACUAUCUUUCUUCUGGGGGGAAUUGUCUGCAUCUUCGGCAUCAUCCGCACAGUGGCAAUCUCCAACAUGAAACCAGUCGACCCCAGCUACAAUGCAGUCAACUCUGGCCUGUGGUCCUACAUCGAGAUAUCAGUCGGCAUCCUAGCAGCCUGCUUGCCCACCUUGGCCCCCCUUUUCAAGCACCGCAGGCAGAAUCAGCUCGGGAACGGAACAUACGCCUCAGGCAGCGGUUCAAGCCGGCGCUGGAAACUCGGCAGGAAGUGGUCGACAGAACGGCUGCAGGAUGACGUGUUGCUUACAGAAAACACGUAUAUCGUUGAGACUUGGUCGCAUUCGGGAAAUGGGUCUAAUAGCGCCAUACAGCUCGAUCAUCAUGACAAGUCCAGCAAAGGCGGGGAGAAGGAUCAUCGGUUGUCGGGCAUCGUGGUGCAGAGAGAGGUACAUCAGAUGGUGGAUUCUGUUUAGUG